GGUCAUUCUGGAGUCUCCUCGUCCGCGCCUGGGUUCAUCUUGUGGCCACCAUCUCGGUCAAGUCCCCGCUUCGCACCCCUGCUCCAGCCAGGCCGCUCUGGCCAGCCGUGUGCUGGCGGACGUGCGGCAGCUCCAGCACUGGGAGGCCUGGCGCGAGGACAGCCUGAAGAAGAAGAGGAGGAGGCACUCGGAGCUGUGAGCCGCCCAGGGCCCACCGCCGCGCGGGGGCGCGUCCCACCGGCUUCGGCCCUCGCGCGGCUGCCCACUGAGAUGGAGGUGGGCUGCGCCCGUGGCAUCUCGGGUCAGGCUUUCAACGAGAGGGGCGUGUGGUCAGAGGGGCUCGAUGUGCACAACACCUCACGGGCCUCCGACACGCUCCCAGUGCAGCCAAUAUGUCGCCAGGGUGGCUUCCAGAGGUCCUGAGGUGGCUCAUCGCAGGGCCUGCCGAGAGGCGAAAGCCGUCACACGCAUCGAGGCGGCCCAGGUGCGCUCCAAAAGGAGUGGCCUGGCGCUGCUGCUUGAGCUCGAAGCCCGCAAGGAGGACCCCGCGGACGAGAGCAUCAACCGCAAGCUCAGGGCUGCUGGUGAGAAGGCCUUCACGGCGGACACACUCUCGGCGCUGGCCAGCCGGGCGGAGUUCCUCGAGAGCGAGAUCCGGUGGCGCGAGAACCAGCCCCUGAAGGAGGUGGACCUCGACCAGUUUCGCUCGGACACGCGCGGCGGGGCCGCGCCCGCCCUGGAGCCCGAGGACAUCCCAGAGCAGAGGUUCCGCGUGGUGAACUUCUGGGCCUUCGUGCGCGAGGCGCCCUCGUUGCAGGCGCCGAUCCUGUGCAGGAAGGACGUCGGGGACCUCGUGGGCGCACGGCAGCAGACCUUCGACGGCUUCGUCAAGCUCUCGGGGGAGCCGGGCUGGCUGCUGCGGGACCUGGGCGGCGAGCACGGUCUUGGCAGGGUGCUCGAGCCGCUCGAGCCCGAGCUGCCGCUGACGUUCUCCGUGCGAGCGGAGGGGCGCGGCCCGCAGAGGUUCUCCGUGCUGCGGCACGGCACCGGCAUCGUGCGCGCGCACCCGAGCGAGGCCGCCCCCAUCGUCGGCUUCAGGAGCCAGGGCGACGCGGUUCUCAUCAUCGCGCAGACCUUUCAUGGUUGGCUUCGUCUCGACCCAGAGGAGACCACAAAAGGCGGCUGGCUGCCGGCCCGCGAGCCCGAGAGCGGGGAGCCCGUGGUGCGCUGCCGCGUGCUAGAGGAGCGGCAGGAGCGCUGGCAGAAGCUGCAGCACAUCCGCGAGGCGAUCGCCUCCCUGGACGGCCCGGCUCCCGACCUCGAGGAGGUGCGGGGCGCGCUUGAGGGCGCCCGGGAGGCGGGCCUGAGCAAGCAUGCGCACGGGGAGAUGUUGGCAAGGAGCCGGGAGCCCUGGCGCCAGCGCGUAGCGCCCGCCUUCUCGUGCUGCGGCUACCUGGCCCAAGGAGCGGCGGUGGCACUCGGGGCCACCGCCCUUGCCGUGGGCGCGCGCGCGCGCCCGUGGCUGCUGCCGGCGGGCGAGGGGGCGCCGAGGGCCAGGUGGGGGAGUGCGGUUCCCGAGACGAACACUGGCUGCGACGGAACGACGCCACACGGGGACGGCGCGGCGCAGACAGCGGAGGGCAGGCACGCCUCGGACGCGCCCUCGCAGCAGCCCGCGCCUGCGGAGCCGCCGGGGCCGAAGAAGAUCGGCAGCCACGCGUGCAGGCAACUCCCCGGGCUGGAGUUCUGCGUCCCAGCAGUCUCGAUGCGGGGGCCAGGAGAGGGCUUCCGGGACCAGGGGAGGAGAGCGGCGGUGCUGGAGGAGGUGCCGGCUGGCAUCAUCGUGGUGCGCCAUUUGCAAGACGGGCGAGAUCCUUUGGAGUACGCUGAUCCGUUCGUGCCCUCCACCGCUGCCGAUUCCGCCGCCGCUGACUUGGGCACGCCUGUCAUUCAGAUCAGCGAUCGUGGCGAGCACGAAGACAAUCACAGGACGUUGCGAGAUACCCACGGCACAGCUGCGUCUCAGGGCGCUGUCGCAAGGACGAGCGCCACGAAAGUCACGACAGCUAACACGUCGGUCGUUUCAACUCCCGCGACAAUUGCGACCACGACAGACACGACAGUCACGACCAGUACUGGAACUGUCGUUACCACUGUCACGACAAUCGCGACUCUAACAAGCACGAGAGUCACGACCACUGCCACAACGGUCGCUACUACUGUCACGACAGUCACGACGUCUGCCACCACGGUCGCUACCAGUAUCACGACAGCCGCGACCACGACGGACCCAGCAGUCACGAUUGAGCUCAAGCCGUCCCACGCCGAGGCGUCGAAGAGCAAUUCGUCAUUGUCUCCGACAGAGCACUCGAUGUGCUCCCACUUCUACGACGACUGCAGGGACAGCCAGUGCUGCUUGGAUCCGCACUCGAGCUGCUUCGAAAAGGACGAGGGAUACGCCGCCUGUCGCCCCAGUUGCGAGCCGGGCGUGCACCCAGAGGAGGCGCCCGAGAAGCAGACCCCCUGGACCUGCACGCUGCUUUCCCGCGGGGGCGUGCCGGCGCCCGCCGACACCACGACCGCUGCGGCAGCUGCGGCCGCCCGCCGCUCGGCGGAGUUGUACUGCUUCGUGCUGGUGAUGGCAGGCAGCUACGAGGUUGCCCUCAUGGAAAACGCGGUGGCCAAGGGCACCAGCGUUUUCCAGUGCGAUGGCUACGACGUGUUCAGCGGGGAGCCUCUCCAGUUGGGCGAGGACGUCGGCUCGGGCAGACAAGUCGUUGCCACCACGGUGGAUGGUUCUCUCAAGGUCGAGAAGGGCGGCGUGUACAACACCGCGCUGAACUCCGCCGUGUUCGCACGUCUGUGGGGGCAGGUCCUGGCCGGCGGCCAGGCCCCGAAGCACGACUUCACAAUAAAGGUGGAUGCCGACGCGGUGUUCUUCGCGGAGCGUGUAAGACGCCACUUAGAAGGACGCAGCGCAGAGGACAGCAUGUAUUUGAACAACUGCAAGGACGGCCUCCACGGGCCCUUGGAGAUCGUCUCCAGGAAGGGGAUGCAGGACUUGGGUGACGGGCUCGACGGGUGCGUGGAGAGCCUGAAGUUCGAAUGGGACACGUACGGCGAGGACGUGUUCUUGAGACACUGCCUCGGCCUGGUUGGCGUGAGCCGCGUCGACGACUUCGGGCUCUUGGACGAGACGUUCGAUGGGACCUCGGGAGGAGACCCCCCCAGCGUGCAGCUCGGGCGCGGCCUCGUUCCACCCGCUCAAGUCGCUGGCGGCGUACAACGACUGCUUGGCACGGGCGUCCUCCUCUGCUGCGGACGCCCUACGGCUGCCCGAGGAUAUCUUUGGCCGUGCACGUGA